GCAUUUGGUGUUCCAUAGAUGGUCAUUUACGUUGAUAUGAUUUCCAUUACGUUAUUUGUGAACGCCUCUCACUUGAAAUGAUCCUGCUUUGUCCGAGGCUGCCUUGAAUGGUGGCAUGGAUCUGGUAUAACCAAGCCCAAGGAGAAUUCAGGAAUAAAAACUUAAUCCAAAGAAAUCAAAAGGAACCAUCAUAUUGGUAACAGGAUGUAAAUGAUAAAGACCGGUUACUAUCUGUCAGCUUCUGUGUUGCUAUGGCAGACUCUAGCAGUAUCCACCAUCGACCAGUGAUAAGAUCAAACCAGAGACCUGCUACACCUCCAAUUCUCUCCAAUUCCCCACCAUCGUCAACAAGAUCAAAUCUCUCUCCUGCCUCAUCAAGAGGAUUGCACACAACCAAAACAUCAAACUCUCGUGUUGUUUAUGAGAAAGCUAAGCCUAAUAGGGAUGUUGGAAAGCUUGUAGAUGCUUACAGGAAUAUUCAAAUGUUGUCUUGGCCUCUCGUCCUGUGUUAUGAGUUCAUCUCAACUAUCUUCAGCUGGGAUUACCCGAUCCUAACCAUCGGUGUUUGGAUUAUCCUCCAGCUCUUCUCCUUCUACUUGACGACAGGGCAACUCUUGGUAGUAUGUUUUCUGAUGCUGUUUGUUAUCGCCAGUCUUGGGUACCUGACCUUUACCAGCCAAUAUCUGACAGAGAAACAUAGUUCUUCCAAGAAGAAAAAUGUUGGGAAUCUUCUAUCCUCAAGUUCCUCCUCAUCCUCACCAUCUGCAUCAACAUUGCCAUCACCAGCUGCACAAGUACAAUCUCCAACACCUGGCUCAAGCAAUCCGAAGGUAACAAAAGCAGGAGAUUCUCAAAAAGCCAAGAUUCCUUCAUCAUCUUCUCCACCCAAAGUAGCAACAUCAUUGCCUGGUGGAGAUGGUUGCCUGGCAACGAAUCAUCAUGAGAAAAUUAGGCACAAAGAGCUGGAGAUUGACAGUCAGCGGAAGAGAGAACUGUUGAGUGAAUAUUGUCAGAUGAUGCAGGAUCUUAAUCGAUGGCUUACAACUGUCUCCAGGUUGCUCCUUUGGAUGGAGGAUAUGUUGCUAUGGAGAUGCAGAUGGAAGACCCUCUUAUUCUACCUCACUUUAUAUACUGGUGUAUUAUGCAUCCUGUAUGUUCCAUUUUGUUGGAUCACCAUGGCAACAUCAAAUUGUCUAAUUCUUAGCCAUCCACAGUGCUCUGUAGGUUUUGAGAAGAUGAAACGUUGGAUUACAAUCAAGAUGGAUCCAAGUCAAGUAAACAAAGAUGAAAGUUCAAAUCAUCUAAAAAACUCAAAUGAAAAUGAUCCUACUGACUCGCGUUUGCAGAACGAUCGUGUUGUUUCUUCACAUCCCUUAUCCGAUGAUGUAAAUGGGAAUGAGGAUACUGAUGAAGAAGUUCAGAAAGAGAAAAGGAUGAAGACAACUCAAGUAGUAUUACCAGCACAUAGCAGGCCAGAUAGUGCGCCAGCUACUCAACAACAACAACAACCCAAGAAGUUUGAAAGUGGCAUGUGUUAUUUAUGUGGGACUCCCUUCACAUCAGUCUUGAAGAGAAGGAGAUACUGUAGGUACUGUGGAAGAGACUUUUGUCCCAAAUGCUGCAGUAAAAAGCUACCAAGAUCUGCCCUAGGAGCAACAGCUCCAGCCGCUCAGACAGAGAAGGAACUGGUUUGCAACCUGUGUGUUAUAAAACUUACUGGGGAGGAGGUUGGCGGUAACAAAGUCAGAUGACAAUUACCUCCUGACCAAUCAAAUGUCUGCAUUAAAACGUCUAAUCUACCGACGACAGUUCUGCAAACUUAUGCCUAUGGACAUGGCUUGGCUUAAGUAUUUGAUCAUUGUCAAUUGUUUUUUUGAUAUAAUCAUGAAGAACUGAGCUUAUGUCCAAGGUUUUGCUUAAUUUUGUAAUUGUUUGUGAUCAUGCCUGAUAACCCUUUACCAUCUUGCAGGAAUGAUAUCCUUUACCAUGGUUGCGCUGCACAUCUGACCAUUGUUGUAUUCUUCCUGCUACUGUUUGACAUAGCUUCAUGAAGGAUUGGUCAAAUUGUGCGAGUUAUUUUGACCAGUUUCGUGGUCAUAUCCUGACUAGCACAGACCAAUCCUGAUGGUUGAGGUACAGUCCUAAAGGCACCAAGUUCCUGGUUUGAGUAUCGAGUCUGCAACUGUAUUCUGCUCGACGAGACCAAGAACAAUAUUGGCCUCGACCUUUGCUUCUGGCCUUGCGUACAACACUGUUCUUUACCUAUGUAUUCCUUCAUCUUUUUUUCCUGUACAAAAUAUACAGCAAUUAUCAUGGUUCCUUCUUUGCUUGUUACCAGAAUGGACAAUCCUAUGAUUAUCAAGUGGUAACCAGGAUAAUCAAAUUCAUGAAAACACUAGGCAAUGGUAAAGGCAGUUAGUACCAAAGCCAGGGUAAUAUUCUGAAUUGGCAACUAGAUAGAUGCACUAUAUAAAUGCUGUAUAUGAAGAAUCUAACUUUUACAUUCCUACCAUAACCAAUUAUUUCCUAUCGAAAUGGGAUUGCUAACUCUUAUCUGCAAUCCUAUUGUGUGGAUUUUUUUUAUGAUGUGUGAUUAUUAGUUAUCCUCUCUCAAUAUGUCACUCUGGCCAUUGUAUCUGACCGUGAUUGGACUAAUACUAUAUUCUCCAGUAUUUAAGCCUUUGUGUGUCUACUUAAUAAGAAAUAUGUUCAGGAUGAAAACAUGUUAACUAUUGCUAACUGAUAACAUGUUUAAUAAUUUAACCUCCUUUAGACCCAAAGCAGAAUGUCAAAAGCCAGGACAAAUGAAGAUUUAAAAAAAAAAGUUAUUAAAGCAUCUUGUAUAAUCUCACCUGGGGCCUUUCCUAUGAAGAGAUACAAUCACACAAUAUCAGCUAUAAUAACUUUUGUAUGACAGUUUGCCGUAGACUUAUGUCGCAUUGUACUCUUAAUGGAGACCAAUCAGAAUAUUAUAAUCUUGUUUGUUAGCAAAAACAUCAAUUGCUUUUAAGUUGGACAAUUGUGGAAAAGAUAAAUGAACUUUGUUGAUUCUGUCAUAUGGAAGCUAAUAAGUAGGAGUAGGACCCUAUUUAAUCAUACCUGUAAAUUAGUUAUAUUAAUCAUAAUUAUUCUUUACCAAGUUCACGUCAUACCAAGCGCAUAAUUUUCUAUUUCUGUAACAAUGAGUGGAAUUGGGGGUAAGGGUUUUCCGAGGCCUUAUGGCCCUAUUACAUGUUUAAUAAUAUACGUUUAUGUUCAAUUGCUUCUAAUAGAUUCAGUGAGACUAUGCCCCCAUAAUGCACCAUAAUAAUUAAGGCCAUGCCUUUGAAAUAUAUUUUCACCUACUUGACAUUCAAGUUCUCAAAUUGUUGGGGAACAGCCAUUACAUAAUAAUUUUAUCUGUAUGCACUCAAAUUUUGUGAAGUUAGAGACUAUUGUCAUAUUAAACUAUAAUGUUUGACCACUAGGCUAACCAGUCCUGGGCUCUGUAACACAAAACUUUGUUAUCAUUGUCUGAUGACUAGCUAUUGUUAUAAGCUACUUGAAUGGUGUCAUUUGGUUGACCAAGAAUGAAAUAUAAAACCCCUAAAACAAAAAGCACUAAACAAAGUCUUGAUUACAUUUUAAGUAUACAUUAGCUGAAUGAAUAGAUGUUCCAAAUGAUAUUCUAUAGUUUUUAAUAUCGAUUGGAAUUAGGACCCUUUGCCUAAAUUGUAUUGAAAAAAUGCUAAUUGAGAUUUGGUGUUCUUGAAAGUACUACAAGCUUUAAGGUGUGCUGCUUAAAACCUAUCAAUACUAAACAAACGCAGGAAUAUGCAGUUACAUGCAAUUGAAGAUGAUUUUGUGUUGACUAUGUGCAAUGAGUUGUAAAUAAUACCUGAAAUAUAUAUAUAAAUAUGGAAUAUUUUAAUGCUGAUAUUAAAUUGUGAAUAUUUCUUUGUCUAUACAAAUAUCUAUAAAGAAUAGAGUGAUAUGGCAUCAACAUUUAAUACCCUUAUAGCAAAUAUGUACUACAAUCAUGUAAACUUCUAAUUGUGUAUUUUUACUUUAAUACAAUAAUGUGCUGUGGUGUUUUAAGCUUGAGUUCUUUCUGUGUGUUUGUAUGAAUUUCGAUAUCAUGUACAUUAGAAAAAUAACGCAUGAUACUUCAAAGUGCAGAAUAUAUUAUAUUAUACUAUCAUCAAAUUAUGAUAUACUUGGUUAGUGAUAUCAUUUAAAGACUGCUUCAAUUAAUUUACCGAGUACCAGUAUUUUUUUUUUUUCAUUAUAAUCUAUUAGAUCAUUUAUAACCUGGUUAAAAUAGCUUAGAAGAGUGUUAGAGUAGAAUUUUUUUUUUUUAAUUCAAACAUUGAUUUUAGAAACAUUUAGAAAUGUUUUGUACAUCACUGGUCCCUAGCCCCCCCCCCCCCCCCCCCGGUUAAUCCUGGAUCAACCCCACCCCCAAAUUUUGUAAUAUAAAGCAGAUAUUAAUCUCAUUGUGUAAUCUGAGAAAACAUGGAUGGUUUUAUAAUACAAAUAAUGCACAGGUUUUAUUAUGUGUGAUGUAACUGGAGAUGUAGAAAUUCCCUGUAUUCACAAGAUUGUGCAAAAGCAGUUGGCACUAGUGCUUCAUGCUUUUCACCCUUGAGGAUGCCUGUUGCUAUUCACAUACUAACACAUGAACAAUAUUUUAACAGAUUUAUAUUUCCCCAUGCAGGCAGAAGAAUUACUUAAUAUUCACUAAAAAUUAGCUACUUUAAUAGGUUUCAUUGAUUUUAGUGUAGAGAAGUUGAUUUCCUGAUUUCUAGUUUUGAGUGCAUGCUAUUUUCUUCCUUUGAAUGUCACUCUUUUGAUUCAGCUAGAGACAAGGUAUAAUUGUUUGUGUGGUGUCAUGAACAACUUACUUAGAUUUAAUAUACUCUCUGCUUAAAAUCAUUUAUAUGAUGACAAGAC